UCUAUUAAAGCUAUGUUAAGUUGAGACGCCUGCGCACUUGGUCCCUAUAGUGAGUAGAAUUGUGAAUGGGGGGGAGUAUUUGUGGUGUACAGUCAGGAGUCGGACUCGCGGGAGCCAGGAAGUAGUCUCAGACAUGCAGCGCAACGGAUAAAGUCGAGAGAGCGCCCGUUUGUUGUCAGUGGACGCUGAUCACACGCUUCGGGGUGAGAGCGAAUAAUAGCCAAUUGCGAAAUUGAGCUUAGCACAGUGUAGUGGCAGAAAGUGACCAUCUUGUAGUUGAGAGAUCACGACCCGACUUUUUGACAAUAAGGUACAUAUCGCAUAAAGACUUUGGGACACACUCUUCUGAAAAGACGCGGAAGGAGUUGAAAACGGGACUACUGUCUAACAGCAAAAGCUUCUCUCGUUUAGAAACAUUUAAAGUAAAAGAAAAAUAGCUCAGACAUCCUUCAAGAUGCCUCGGGUCGUCCCGGAUCAGCGGAGCAAGUUUGAAAACGAAGAGUUCUUCAGGAAACUCAGUCGCGAGUGCGAGAUCAAAUAUACCGGGUUCCGAGACCGACCUCACGAGGAGAGACAGGCCCGGUUCCAGAACGCUUGCAGAGACGGACGCUCAGAGAUAGCCUUUGUGGCGACGGGCACCAACCUCUCCCUGCAGUUCUUCCCUGCCAGCCUCCACGGAGACCAGCGGCAGGCGCCCACGCGAGAGUACGUCGACUUUGAGAGAGAGACGGGAAAGGUUUACCUGAAGGCUCCGAUGAUCCUGAACGGAGUGUGUGUCAUCUGGCGGGGCUGGAUUGACCUGCAGCGCCUGGACGGGAUGGGCUGUCUGGAGUAUGACGACGAGAGAGCACAGCAUGAGGAUGCCCUGGCCCAAGCCGCAUUUGAGGAGGCCCGGAGGAGAACCAGAGACUUUGAGGACCGGGACCGCUCUCACCGGGAGGACCUGGAGGACCCUGUGGCAUCAAAAAUCUGGGACUGAUGACACCCUCUCCAACCAGGCCCAGGAGGCAGCAGGACAGCUCUGGCUCCAACAUGGCCAACGCUGAUGACCACAAGAUGCGCUAAGAUCGAGGGGAGGAAGGGGGAGAAGGAGGGGUCAGGGGUCAGGGACAUUGGGAUGUGUUCAGAAGAGUAAACUGAUUAAAGGUUUGUAGAUGGUGACUCUCCUGAACACACAUGGUAAUAGUCCCUGGCCUAACAACCCCGCCCCCACCCCAUACUGCUUCCUGGCUGUCACCUGGAGAGACCAAAGUCUACAUUACGGGGGUGGGUAGGGGUGGGGGGUAGUUUUGUUGUGUAUUUGUUUUGUUUUUUAACCCUUGUGUUAUCUUCGGGUCAUUCUGACCCAUCAGUCAAUGUGAACCAACGUCGUAUUGCGACAACUUUACCGCAUACAAAAACAAAGUGAAGCAUUUUCUUUUAACCGUCGGCUGUCUCAGACCCCCCACAUUGCGAAGGUUAAAAGAAAAUGCUUUUUAUUUGUUUUUGUAUUGGGUAAAAUUGGGUAAACAAAACGAUGGUUCGUUGUGACAGCACAGGGGUUAAGGUGAUCAAUCCAAAUUUGUCUUCCAGGGGGGUUUGCACUAUGUGAUCAAUUCAGUUUAGUGCCCACGUUGUCUGUUUGCAUGAACUGAAGCGCCAAGCUAGCUUAACUGUUGCUCCCCUAUGCAAGCUGCACCCACAGCUCUCUUCUUCUACAGUGCUUUGAGGUCAGGGAUAACUGGGCCAUACCAUGUCCACGAGCAGAGAGGUGGUCAUGAAGAAGGGAUCUCGUAAUGUAGUGCAUUUUUGUAUUAUCCAUAAGUUUAGUCCUUGUAGACAUCCGUGUAGUCUUUUACAUUUUGUACUCUGUGUUUCUAACCUCUCAAACAAGUAUCUAUUUUUUUCUAUUUUUAUUUUACUUCAAUCCAACCUUAUAUCAACACUCAACACACCAGAGAUGUACGUGUACAAUUACUAGCCUUCGAGUUUCGGAAAUUGCAACAUCAAAUGAAUCACCCCGUUCAUUCUUACCAAUGACGCACUGUAAAAUGUAUUGGCACUAUUGUAAUUGUAUGGAUUGUUUGUGUAAAAGUCAUUAUGUUUACUUUUUUAUGACCUGUCUCUACUGGGUGCAGAUACAAGUGUACACGGUUAUGCUCUUCCUGGAGACAGGAGUCACUUGAGGCAGACAGACACUUUUCUUUGUUGGUUUGUCUGCAUCCACAUAUGGUCACUGAGCACCCCACACAACUACAGAAGUAACGGUUUGCUUGUAAAGAUUAGUCCUCAGUUGUGUGUCAGCAGAAGAAAUCCUAGCUUUAGUCUUGUUAACUCAACCCGUGUUGUAGCUGAAUGAUCAUCAAGUUAAUCAGUAUUUGAUUACUUUGGUCUGGGAUCAGUUUAGAAAAGGGGGGCGAGUAUCUGUUAGGAAUACUAACGGGUUGGAUGUAGUUACUGCAGGAGUUGGGCAUAGUUACUGCAGUCCAUUUACAACAUCAGCCGUUCGGACUGUAGUUGGAGGUGGAGAUAGUGGAGAAGGUGGAGGAGGUAACUAUAAUAGUUAUGGAGUGGUAGCAGAAGCCAGCAGGUGGUUGGGUGUUGAGCAGGUCAGAGAUGGAGAUGUAGAGGAGGGGGUUUGAAGCAGCAGGUGAUUUCAGAGAGGAACAGGGUGGAGAUGGGGAAGGGAGGGAUGAGGCAGGGCAAGUAGAUUCUGGAAAGGUGGUGAAUCAUUGUGAGGGAGACCGGGAGGUUAAGUUAUUGAUCUCAAACAGCAUGUGGUAUCAGACAUUUGCGAGUGAGUUGCAUACAAGUUAGACACAUAUCAUCGGUAAAGUCACCCUGACCAGAACCAAAUUAGUAACAGUCCUUUUGUAUGUGUUCUCAUUCCUUGUGCCCUGUAGUUUCAAGGGCUGAGCUGUGUGCUCUCUGGUACUCUAGCUUUGUUCAUAUUUAUUGGCCUCCAUAUUUAAGUGGUACCAUUAACUUCCUUCUGUAUACUACUUUAUCCAUGUAGCCAAUCUAGGGGCCUAUACUAUCCCUGUACUUCCUGUUUCCUUACUGUAGGUAGUGCCUAUUGCCUUCCCUUCUCUUAAUGCUGGCAUUAAGGCGAGUUACACACCCAAUACAUGUUUGCUACACAUUUCAUUUUUUUAAUUAAAUGGUUUAUUUUUUAUUUGUUUUAAGUUAUUGAUACAGGUUGACACUUUCUGUAGUUUUCAUGUGACUAUGAAGAAUUAUGUGUUUCUGUUUGACCGCCUGCCUCAGAGAUUUUCCAGGAUAUCUUGAGUUUUUCUUUUUCUCUGUUUUACGUUUUUGCUUGUAUUUCAAAAUGGGGGAUUACAAUCUGAAAUGUUAUAUUUUACAUUUUGCAGCAUAAACUUGUAAGAAUCCUUGUA